AUGCUCCUACCCGCUGAGGAUUAUGGUAAAAUUUUUUUCCUCUUUGUUAAAAAAAGAUCAUUUCGUAAAUCUCUUUUUUAACUGCGAUACUUUUCCACGAACGUGGUUUUGUACAACUUGCCUGAUGCAGUCUCCUUGGCAUUUAGUGUAGACGAGUGGGAAACGCGAGAACCUAGAACAGGGAAAUUUUGUCUACCACGAGCCGUUAAUAAUAUUAUGCUAAUAUUAUGUAGAAGGACUAAUAAUAGUAACCAAGUCAAAAUUUUUCAAAAGGGUACUUAUAUACAUAAUACUGUACCUGGGACCCAUUGUCAACAAUCAAUUAUCAAUUAGGAUCAUGGAAGAAACAUCCCUUCAGCUGGUGUACAAUUGGAGGGCGACAGUUUUUGAGUGGAAAAUAUGGCGUGCGACAAACCUUCAGCCAGUGCGCUGCGCAAUGUGACAAAACACCAGGAUGCAAGGCGAUUGAAUUGUGGCAUAGGUACAACUGGAACUGUUACUGGUGCAAGAGAACAGAUUUGAUCCGACCUUACACCAACAGAUAUGAUCUUGCCUACCCUGCACAUGUGUGGGUAAAACGUAAGAAAAUUUUCUCAUUAUUUUAUUGAUAUCCCUACUAUAUUCAUUUGCAUUUUUGCAUAUCUCCGAUCUGAAUAGUUCACUUCAAAUGACACUACAUUGAAAUGUGUAUCUCACUUAACAAAGCAUUUCGGAGUAAUAAACUAAUUUAGUGUUUUCGGAUAAUUAACAGAAACUUAACUUAACUUUUUUUAUGUGAUAAAUGUUAUGCAUCAUUGGCUUUUUAUGAAUUAAUUAGUACUAAGUUAACCUUUCUGUAAGCGCUGCUUCUGAUUAUACUGGCGAAAGAUAAACGGAGGAAAAAAUUGCUCCGAAUGUUAUUUCAAAGAAAUUAUUUAAAAAGCAAUUAUCAGUCAUUAAAUAAUUAUUAUGUUAAAUAAAACGGCGCUCAGUUAGCAAAAGCUUCCACAAGGAUAUGCAAAAGAAAUAUUACCUAUUAGUAAAAUCCAACUAGUGGACUAUUAUCAAUGCUACGCUGUGAUUGGUUGAGCUACUACUAGGCUAUAUGUUAUAGCCCACUAGUAGCGAAAAGCGCCGGUUUUUUGGCGGCAAAAAAGGAUUUAAGUCUAGCUUUAACUAGCUAAAGUUGUUUUUUCUCGAUAUUUUUGACCAACUAGUUGGAUUUUACUAAAACAAUUGUUCCUCUCGCCCUCAUGGCCUCUGAGUCAGUAGCCCAUUCGGCCUUCGGACUCAUGGGCUAUUGACUAACCCACGUUGAUCAGUUUGAAUGGCAUUUUUGCAUAUCUCCGAUGUGAAUAGUUCACUUCAACUAAUCCAUCAAUCAUCUUGUUUAACCUCUUUAUCCUUUUUACAACAGAUAGUAACUUAACAAAACAAAACAAUACAAGUUAAUAGUGAAUGAUAGAAAAAGCUAUUAUAGUAGCAAUUUGGCAAGAGGUUUGGACUAUCUGUGAGACUAAUGGAACUGCGUUAUCUUUCUUGCUAUUAAAGUGGUAUUCGACACAGUUAACCAUGACAUUAGUUUGCAAAAAGUCAAAUUAUAUGGCUUUAACUACAAGAUUAUGGACUGGCUUAGAUCUCAUCUUUUCCACAGAUCCCUAGUUUGCGUAAUAGGCACAGCAUCUUCAAAACGGACUAAUGGUUUCCCACUAGGCUCUUUUUAAGGACCACUGCACUCCGGAUCUUACUAAAACAAAUUGAAUAACAUUCCACCUUAUACUCUAAUUUACGGUCACAUGACGAGAAUCUCAGGCCCCAAAUGUGGAAAUCUGGUGCGACCACGUUGACAGAAUUGGCAAGAGUCAGGGUCGUCUGGUGUUUUCUAUAACUUUCUCCUGGUUUCCUUCUUCCAUAAUAAAGUUUGUUCACGGAUAUUUGAAAACUAUUAUUUUACCAUAAAUAAAAGGUAAAUAAAAGCUAUAGCUAUUAGUAGUCUAUCAGUACCAUCUACACGGGUAAAGACAGGGAACAUUUUCAUAACGUACCCUCAGAUUAAAAACUUGUUACUCAUAACUAAUAUCUUUUUUGUUACCUUGCAGUUGAUAAACCCGCAGGUAAGUGUAUCUGUCCCUAUCCUGAUAUAAGAAACAAAGGCCCUGUCCUAGCUUGAACUCAUAGAGAAAGUGUAAUAAGUUGUCUCGUUAAAACUUGCUUAGGUACCUUUCAAUAAUACACUGUUUCUCUAAAGCUAGUAGCCUGAAGUAACUACAUCUUAAAGACACUUGCUUUUCACUUAACAGAGUACAUUGUGUAAAUAGUUUGUAAUCUACUGGAGCUUGAAAACUCGUUAAUUUUGUAAAGGAUCAUCAAUUAUAUUUAUAUUGUUCAAAAGAUUAAUUUUUCUGGCAAACUGACCUAUUGAUCGACUAUUAAGUAGUUUUUCGAUCAAACAGGGAUUAAGGGCUGCCCAGAAAAACGUAUAUUUUCAAAUGCGCAAAUCAUGGGGUGAGUUCCAUAGGCCAUUUUAAUAAACAAUUCAUAUCUUCCGCGCCAUUGUAUAUCAUAUAUAUCUACAUAUUUCCUUUGAUUUAAUUGCCUCUUUAACUUCAUUUUUAGAAUGUACAAAGUACCAACUGCUCAACGACAACACGAGAGCACAGGGAUACAGCCGAGCUUUUUACAGAUGCGAUACCACUCUGGGUGCACAGCCUACUUGGUACAGAUUUACCGGGAGAUCAGGAAGCCAGAUGCCUACCUCUUGUGUUCCAACUAACCACUGUGGAACCCAUGCACCAGGUUGGCUUGCAGGAUGUCAUCCUCCCCCUGGUAAAAUUAGCACCGUCCUUGUCUGCUUUCACUGGCAUGGCGAUUGCUGCCGCUGGCAUACUUUCAUCCGUGUGCGUAAUUGUGGUGGGUUCUUUGUCUACGAGUUGAAGAAACCACCAGCCUGCUAUCUGCGUUACUGUGGAAAUUCAGGUCAUAAAUAA